UGGCAGAUUCAUCAAAGCGACAUGACUUUGCUACAACCAUGAAAGCGCCCAGAUUCGACUUCUGUACCUUUUAUCAACGAGACAUAGCUGACUGAUUCUAAUCUCUCGAUCAUCGGCAUCCUGGCUUUCGGAACGACAUGGCCAACCUCUACGCGGAAUAUUUGCCCAACAUCAAAACUCUGGCCGUCACUACUGUUCUUCAAACGCCGCGAGACGGCACGACAGCGCUCUGGCUAUCGAAUGACCGCAAGAAAGUGAUUCUUGAGCAUGCGGAUGAGACACAUCGCAUUACUUUACCGGCCAAAGUGACCGGUCAAGGGACUCAACACCUGCAACUUCCCAACACAGGAGAGUUGCAAUGUGUCAAUCGCAUAUCAGCGGCACCCAUAUUCGAUGAUGAUGAACCUUCUGCUCUUUGGUCUGCCUCAUCACUCAAUGCAGCAACAAAUUUACAUUGUAAACGUUGUGAUGCGCUGUUGUCAAGCAACAAGAUCAGUGUCUGGAAAGAUCUUCCAUCAGAAGCUUGGGCCGAGAUGAUGGACUUGUGGCAUUGUCAUAAGCCUGAAGAACCAGAGCACAAUCAUGACGACGCGCCAGCAAAGAAAGGCUAUGCUGCUGGCAACAAGCUAGUCGCUCAGGCUGGCGUCGGUCUUGUUGAUGUAAUGAGUUUCUUACUCUCGGAUGAUGACUGCACGGUCGAGUUUCGCUCGUCUGAGAAUGGCGACAAUGUUCACGAAGUCUAUUGUAUAACCUGCGACACAGCUCUUGGUCACAGAGACCCCCAAACCGAGGGUAUUCGUCUUCAAAAACCAUACCUUGCUUUGUCGCAGGGCGGGUCUAGGACCACACGUUCUUACGACCCGGCUCACUGGUUUUCUUGCUAUCUCAACCAAGCAAUAGAGACCCAGGGCGUACGAAAAUUUGUCUUCUCAACAUUGCCGUACGAAAUCUGGGUAUUCUCUACAAACCUAGCCUACGCAUCGCUGGAAUAUCCUGAGCCCAAGCAAGCCAUGAAAGUCUUGUUCCGGACAAGACAAGGCGAUCAAGAUGUCGAGACACUGCGAGCGGCAAACUUGCUGAUCGAGACGCUAACACUAUCGCCCAUGCUAGAGAAGCUGUUGUAUCAGGUUCUGCAGCGGGAGAAUUUCAAGCUUCCAGACAGCCUGAAGAAAUUCAUGGGCUGGGAAGUUGCGGUGUUGCCUGUACUAUACAAAGCAGAUGUCAAAGCAUUAGAAUCUGCCACUUAACCAUGGCUUUAAUAUCAAGUAUCGUAACAUCCGCAC